AUGUCAACUAUAAAACGUAAAACAGCCGUUAAACCAUCGUCGCAAAAAGAUGAAAACAAUACUGGAGCUACAGCAGGAUCUGAUCAAUCGGAAUCAUCAAAAAACAUUUCUCGGAUUUUAUCAUCAUCGGUGUCUGGCGCUUCCUCUCUUGUUAUUCUCCAACUUAUAAGCAGACUUGCAACUUUUGGUCUGCACCAAAUUGUACUGCGUUAUACCGAUCCGGCAACAUUCGGCAUUGCAUCAGUUCAAUUAGAAUUAUUAUUAGCUACUAUUUUGUUUUUAUCUCGUGAAGGAUUUAGAUGUGCCUUGUUGAGAGGCGAAGAUGACUCCAUUGUGGUGGACUGUAAUAAUAUUUCAAAAGAAUCGAAAGUAUUAGCAGAUUCUAAGAAGGGUUCUGUGCAAAAGAUUACAAAUUUAUCUUAUAUUCCCAUUCCCAUUGGAAUGAUUACAACAUUCCUCGCUUGUGCAUUCUACUUAUAUUAUGCCACUGAAGACACUUGGAACACUCCAUAUUAUGUAACAUCAGUUGUUUUAUAUGGUUUAUCAGCUUUUGGUGAACUUAUAAUUGAACCACUCUAUAUAGCUGCUAUGAAUAACUUGAUUUUCAAACUUCGUGUGAGCUGUGAAGGAAUAGGCGUGAUAGUUCGCUGUAUUAUUACUCUUGCACUGACUCUCUUAGGCGCACAAGGAAAUGAUGAAAAAUAUUCAAAUACAUUUGGUAUUUUGGCUUUUGCAGUGGCUCAAUUCGUCUUUACAUUAAUAAUGAUGACUGGUUAUAUUGGUUACUUUGUUUUCAAAUGGGAUAUUUCUUUGUUGAUGCCACGAAAAUUAUAUGAUAAUAAAAACAAAGAAUUUUGGUUAGAUGCACAUCUUUUUAGCCUUGCAAAAACUUUUACAAAGCAAUCAUUAUUAAAACAUAUAUUGACCGAGGGUGAUAAAAUGUUGAUUGCAUGGUUGAGUAGUCCAGUGGAUCAAGGAAUUUAUGCCUUUGUAGUAAAUUAUGGUAUGAAUGAACAAAGAUUGUUGUAUACACUUUAUUGA